UCAAAUCAGAUGUUAUUCUUGUCAAAAUUUGUUCAACAGAUUUAUAUUCGAUUUUUCGGCUCUAUAUUAUUUAAACGCUGUGAUAUUUCUCUUUAUUUAACUACAAAAAAACAAAACACAUGGUACAAAAUUAACACACUCUUACACAAUGUUCCGAGCGGGUAAGUUAAAUGCACACGGUCUAAAACGCCAACCCAUGUCGCUGGCGAGGCGGAUGUUUAAAAACGGCACCAAUUUGUUUCAACGCAUACCGGUACCGGGUAGUGGUGCGGGCAGUAUUUCUGCCACGGCUCAGGUCACCGGAUCGGCUCAUUUGCAACAGCAACAGCUGCAGCAGCGACUAGGCCAGCAGUCCUCGACCGCCAGCAAUGAAGCCGAGGCCCCAUCCCGCUAUCCACGCAAAAUAUUCAGUGGCAUACAGCCGACUGGCGCCUUGCAUCUGGGCAACUAUUUGGGCGCCGUGCGUCGUUGGACUCAGUUGCAGAACGCCCGUGACGAUGUUACCAUAUGUAUAGUCGACCUUCACUCAAUUACAAUGCCUCACAAUCCGCCGGUGUUGCGUGAAAACAUCUUCGAAAUGGCCGCCACAUUGUUGGCAUGCGGCAUUGAUCCGGCGAAGACAACUCUUUUCGUGCAGUCCGCCGUUCUCGAGCACUGCGAGUUUAAUUGGAUUCUGAGCUCAUUGACAACGAUGCCACGAUUGGCGCAACUGCCGCAGUUCAAGGAGAAGUCUCGCACACUGCGCGAUGUGCCUUUGGGUCUAUACGUAUACCCUGUCCUACAGGCUGCGGACAUUAUGCUUUACAAAGCCACCCACGUUCCCGUUGGUGCCGAUCAGUUGCAGCAUAUCCAGUUGGCUCAGCAUCUGUCUCGCAGCUUCAAUUCGCGUUACGGUGAAAUAUUUCCCGUCUGUCAGGCUCUUAUCGAGCAGAACGAAGCCUCACGUGUGCUCUCCCUGCGCGAUCCCUCUAAAAAAAUGUCCAAAUCGGAGAACAAUCCCAAGGCCACCAUCAACAUAAACGAUGCGCCCGAUGUAAUUGCCGAGAAGAUUAAGAAGGCCGUCACAGACUUCACUUCGGAUAUCUCGUUUAAUCUUUCUGGGCGUCCCGGAGUCAGUAACCUAGUCAAUAUCCAUGCGCUGGUGACGGGACAAUCGAUCAAGUCGAUUGUUGAGGAGGCCAAGCAGCUGGACACGGCUCGUUAUAAGGAGCGCGUGGCCGAUGCGGUUAUUGCGCACCUCCAGCCCAUCCGCGAGCAAAUUCAAAUGCAUCUGGCCAAGCGGAAUGAGUUGAUCUAUAUGCUGGAAAUCGGUGCCGAGAAGGCGCGUCAGACGGCACAGCAAACGAUGAGCGAUGUGAAGCAACGUCUGGGUCUGGGCACCAAUGCCAAUUUGCCAGCUCCGGUACGCGUGCCGACGUUGCUGCCCGAGAUUGGCAAGCUGACGGCCAGCCAGCAAUUGGCCAAAGGCGUGCUACCGCCUGAUGUGAAUGCGCACUCUCAGCCGCAUUAUGAACAGCAGCGUGCGGAUCCAGGAACGUCCACCAAUGCAGUGGGUGGUAAUGCUGGCGAGUCGGUAGUGAAUGAAGCAUUCGAGGCUCAGCGCGUUAUGGUCAAGCCCAAGCCGCGCGUUACUGUUGUACCGUUCCAGAGUCUGCGUGUGGAGAAGCAACGCGUACGUGGCCCGCCUAAGCAUGUCUUCAAAAUGGAUACCUUGAACGUACCAAGCAUGGGCUUCCGUGGUCCCAUGGGCAAGCCAAUGCGGCGCAACAUGCCUCCAUCACCUGGCGGCCUGGGAUUCACGCAGCUGCCGCAUAUUACUAACAACACGGCACCAGGUCAGGCUGCUCCAACUCCCAAAUAUGGUGGAUAUGGCGGUGGCUCCCAAAAUGCUAAUCCCAGUGCUGUGGCUGCAAUUACAAGUGCCGUGAAUGCGGCCACCAGGCAGCAGGAGAUGGCUAGCAGCCUGGCCAAUAGUUCCUUUUAUAAAGCCGCUAUUGCGGCCUAUAAAAGCAGCAAUACCAAUCUUAAUACUAACGCCACUGCCAAGAUCAAAAUGGUCAAUGUUAAUCGCGCCACUGAGGCUAACAACAGCAACAUCGCUCCCAGCGUCAAUCGAACUCUUAGUAGCAGUAUUGGAGCAAGCAACGCCAGCAGCAGCAGUAACAGCAGCAAAAAGACGGCUCCCGACGUCAGUAAAAUAGGCUCCGAUGAGGAAGAGAAUUCGCGCGAAGACACCGACGAUAUGGAAGAAUGCAGCGAGGCUGCUGGCAUGAAAGAGAAGGCGGAGAACUAAAAAAUAUGACCCUUGCAAUCAACACCAAAACCACAAAAUACAGACCGUUGCGUAGAUAUAAUUGUUAAAUUGCUUGUACAUAAUUAUGUGUAGUCGAUCAUUUCGAAAGUACAUAAAACAAUCGGCGCAAAAUAA